CCGAUGAACGCCUUCAUGGUGUGGUCACAGAUGGAGCGCCGCGAGAUCGUCAAGUUCGCGCCGGACAUGCACAACGCCGAGAUCUCCAAGCAGCUGGGGAAGCGGUGGAAGAAUCUGACGGAGGACCAGCGGCAGCCGUACAUCCAGGAGGCGGAGCGGCUGCGGCAGCUGCACAUGCAGGAGUACCCCGACUAUAAAUACCGGCCUCGCAAGAAGACAAAGUCCGGCAGCAGCGCCAAGGCGGUGGAGAAGGGGCGGGUCACCAAAGCCAAGGACAAGACGAGCAGCGCCGGCAGCACCGCCUUGAAGGCCGUCAAGCUGACCGCCGACCCGUCGCGGGCGCAGUUCACCACCGGCAUCUCCGCCAUCAACCACAACAAGCUCAAGCUCAAGCUCAAAAUCGACAAGAAGUUCAAGGACUCGAUCCGCAACACCAUGUACGUGCCCAUCUCGCAGUGCACGUCGCCGGCGGAGGUGCCCGCCACGCCCCACGAGAUGCCCGCCUCGCCCGAGAGCGCCUCCCUGUACGACAGCCACGUGAGCACCACCUCGUCCAGCAGGAGCAGCAGCCGCGCCGCGUCCACCAGCCCUUCGCCAGGCAAGGAGCCCUUCCUCUACGGCCUCUACACCAUCGAGAGCGCGCCGGGGCUCACCUCGCUGCGGCCCGAGUCGCUCGUGUCGUCCACCACCGUCACCUCGGCCGACGACGACGACGACGAUGACGACGACGACCACGACCACGACGACAAGGACGACGACAUCGACACCAAGGAGGACGUGUUGCUGUACAGCCGGAAACGCCACACGGUCCGCGACGAGGUGUUCGCCCCGCGCCCCUUCCUGCCCAGCUCCCUGUCGGCGUCCCGCGCCGCCGACCCUCCGCCCAUCAAGUUGGAGCCCCUGGACAUCAAGCAGGAGCCGCCCUCGGAGUCCACCCUGGCCGACCUCGACUCCCUCACCGACCUGCUGCAGAUGCCCACGGACUUCAAGGUCGAGGUGGACGAGAUCAACUCGGACCUUGACUUCGACGCCGUGUCCACGUCCUCGGGCUCCCACUUCGAGUUCUCGGACGUGUCGGACAUGCUGAGCGACAUCGGCGUCAGCAACGACUGCUGGGCCGACAUCGGCAUCAUCAACUGCUGAGCUCGCACGGCGCCCGGCAGCAGGAGACCCUGUUGCCCGCUGAGU